AUGUCGUCGAUGCGUAAGCUGAAGUACCAUGAGCAGAAGCUCCUGAAGAAGGUCAACUUCGUCGAGUGGAAGAGCGACGGUGGGCACCGCGAGGCGGCUGUCAUGCGUCGCUAUCACAUCCAGGACCGUGAGGAUUACAUCAAAGCGACGCCCAUGCUGGCCUCCUCUGCCCCAGUUCCCUGCCUCGAUACUUGA